UAUGUAUACUCAGCUGAACGAUUUGGUUCUAUCCAUUGUUGUAAUAUUUCUAGUCGUAAAAGUAGGUAUGCUAAUUUUCAUGAUACUUUAUGUACUUUACCUAAGCACUUUGCAGAUUAAUUCUAAAUUCGAGUUUACCAACAUAAAAUGUAGCAGUUUGGAUAAGAAGUUCAACGAUUGCUAUCUGAAGUCGGUGAAUCGCUGCUACAAAUAUCUUUCAGCCAAGUGUAAUCUGUUCCAAACUCCUAUUACCAAAGUGAAUCUGUCACUCUUCAAACGGUUCAAUGGAUACAGACCAUUCAUGUUCAACGUGACCGCGGAUGCCUGCAGAUUCCUUAAAAAUCGCAACUCGAACUCGAUUAUCAACUACUGGUACAGAGUGGUUGAGAACUACUGCAACUUUAAUCACACGUGUCCUUUUAGCGAUGAUCUGAUUAUCGAACAGCUUCCGGUCACAUUUGUGGACUACCAAUUCACGGAAGUGCUGCCCUUUCCCACAGGCGAUUAUCUGCUGGAAACUAGUUGGAUUGCCUACGACAUAAAGACCCCUUAA